UCUUCCUGUAGCAGGAUGCUGGGCUGCGCUGGUGUUCCUGUGCGGAGCGUUCUGGCUCUCAUGUGUUUACACGCCGAGGAGCUCGCAGGCGCUCGACGCAGUCCGCUGCUGAUUCCUGCUCUCCGCGGGACCAGCGGCUCCAAGAACCAGAACCAGAGCAGGAUGCCGUGGGGAAGAAACGCGGGUCAGUCACGGCUGCUGGGCAAAAAGGCUGGACACGCUCCUGUCAGGGACUGCAGCCUCACCGCGAUGAAUGUUGAGUCCUGGGCGGACUCACCUGACCUCCCGACCCCGCAGCAGCCCGACAGGUUGUGCCUGGAGUCCUUCUGGAGCGAAGUGGAGACCAUACGGAGCGACUCGGAGCCAGACAGCAGCAGACGAGAUUCCCGACAGUCUGAAGACGGCGAGCAGGAGGAGCUCUGGCUGCAGGAUGCUGGUUUGUCUCCGCUAGUAAAUGGUGAAGAAGAGGACGUCGAUAAAGCCGUUCUGUUGUCGACUCUCACUAAGACUCAAGCAGCUGCGGUUCAAAGACGUAUCGACUCGUUCACCUGCUCGCUGCGCAAGAGGAACAAAACGCCAGCGCGACACGUCAGAGACGUCUUUGCCUCCCCCAUUGCUCAGUCAGCAGUUCCUGAGACACACAACAGCGAACCUGACGCACACAGAAACAUGGAGAGUGUGACAAAGACACAACGAUCAGCUGUCAGCGGUCAGGAGACUCAAGGGCUGCAGAUGGACGAGAUCUUUAUCACAGACGUGGCAUAUUGUGAACAAGCGGCCAUCUUACUGAAACAAGCCAAACUACCACAGAACAACAGCAGUCAGUGCAGGAGAGACGACGGAGCACUGCCGCGGGUCAUCUGUCCGCAGUGCCGGCUGGGAGUGACGCGGGUGCUGGAUCUUUCCCAGCAGGAUAUGAAGAAGGUCCGUCAGCUGGCUCUGAUUGACAUGACGGCGCUCUGCGACCUGCUGGGGCUCGAGGUCAAACGACACAAAACCUGCAAACGGAAAAUCCCUGAGAGCUGUUUGUUCGGCGUUCCUCUCGCCUCAUUGGUGGAGAGCGAUCAGAAGAUCAAACCCAACACUCAGAUCCCACUCUUCCUCCAAACACUUCUGUCAUUUCUGGAGAAGAAGGGUCUCGAUUCUGAAGGGAUUCUGCGGGUUCCAGGGUCUCAGUCCAGAAUCAAAGUGCUGCAGCAGAUGCUAGAGAACUCGUUUUACAGCGGUUCGUUCAGCUGGGACGAGGUCAGUCCGAAUGACGCCGCCGCUCUGCUCAAGAAGUUCAUCCGUGAACUCCCGGCGCCGUUGCUGACCGCCGAACACCUCAACACCUUCAGCGCUGUCAGAGAUAUUGCUGACCUGAAACAGAAGCUGCACGUGUUGAAUCUUCUUGUGCUGCUGCUGCCAGAACCCAACAGAAACACACUGAAGGUGCUGCUGGAGUUCCUCAGUAAGGUGGUCCUAAGCGAGAGGCGUAACCGCAUGAACCUGUGGGCUGUCUCCACCAUCAUGGCUCCAAACCUCUUCUUGCACAAAGCUGUUCCCAGUAAACUAGCAGUGGACGGUCCAGAGAAGGGUCAGGCGGAGCGGGCGGCCGACAUCAUGAGACUCCUCAUCCGCUACCAGGACCUGCUGUGGACGGUUCCUAACUUCCUGUUGAGUCAGGUGAGGAAGCUGAACGAGAACAGCAGCCGUCGCUAUCAGUUCUACGACAAACGCAUCAAGCACCUGCUCAGGAAGAUCCACACGGACAGCAGAGACAAACCAGACAAGAACUCCGGCGAGGUGAGAGAGAAGAUCCACAUUUAUCAACACUAA